GCCCCGCCGCCCGCGCCGCUUUAAGGAGAGAGGGGGGCCGCGAGUGCCCGUCCCAUCUGGUGCCCGUCCAACUCUUCCUCCUUCCCCGUGGCUUUUUCUUUUCCCAAUGAGCUCCCGCGGGGUGGGGGAGGAGCGGGGCCGGGAGCAAACUUUGCCCCCGAGCCGCAGCCGCUGCCAGCCCUCCGGACUGUGAGUGCGCGCGGGGGGCGUCCGCCCCGUCCUCCUGCGGCACCAGCCUGCUCUCCGCCCGCUGCCGCCUCUCCCUCUCCCCGCUUUCCUCCUCUCAGUCCCGCACAGUACGAUGUAGUGGGCUUGUCGUUGUUUUUUUUAUUUAUUUCCCACGGAAGAUGGUUUGAUUUUUUGUAUUUCUAUUAUUUAUUAACCCCUCCCGACCGUAAACCUGCCCAGCCUUCCGCCAGCUGGGCCGGCACCUGGGGCAAUGAGCCCCGCACUGAAGAAGUCUCCUAGAGGGAUGUGCCGGGGCCACGCAACAGACUAGAGCCGAGCCCCGAAGCCUACACCACCAGUUGUCCCCUUCUCCCUCGCCCCCUCGCCCGCCUUUGCUGCGCCCCAGCCCCUCGAGCUCCUCGGACCUGUGCCUGCGCCGCGCUCCGGAGAGCCUUGCCGGGGCGGAGAGCCCGGAGCCGCCGAGCGACGAGGCGGCCGCGCUAGAUGCAUGGGGGAGGGCUCCGGUUAAUGCAAGUCCUGGGCUCCUGCAGGGACCCCGACAACUGUCAGCAGCAGCAGCAACUCGGGGCCUCCUCCUCCGCUUCCUCAGCGAUGCUUUUCCACAGUUUGUCCGGCUCGGAGAUGCAUGGGGUCAUCGACGAGAUGGAUCGGAGAGCCAAAAGCGAAGCGCCGGCCAUCAGCUCGGCUAUAGACAGGGGAGAGACCGAAACGCAGACCAUGCCGUCCAUCAGCAGUGACCGGGCCGCCCUGUGCGCCGGCUGCGGGGGGAAGAUCUCCGACCGCUAUUACCUCCUGGCUGUGGAUAAGCAGUGGCACAUGCGCUGCCUGAAGUGCUGUGAAUGUAAACUCAACCUGGAGUCCGAGCUCACCUGCUUCAGCAAGGACGGCAGCAUCUACUGCAAAGAGGAUUACUACAGGAGGUUUUCGGUGCAGAGAUGUGCGAGAUGUCACCUGGGGAUUUCUGCCUCCGAGAUGGUCAUGAGGGCCAGGGAUUUGGUAUAUCACUUAAAUUGCUUUACUUGCACCACUUGCAACAAGAUGCUGACCACCGGCGACCACUUUGGCAUGAAAGACAAUCUGGUGUAUUGCCGCCUCCAUUUCGAGACUCUCAUCCAGGGGGAGUACCAGGUGCAUUUCAAUCACUCGGAUGUAGCCGCUGGGAAGGGCCCAGCACUGGGAGCGGGCUCUGCCAAUACUUUGGGACUGCCUUAUUACAACGGCGUGGGGACUGUCCAGAAGGGGAGACCCAGGAAGAGGAAGAGCCCAGGGCCUGGGGCAGACCUGGCAGCCUACAACGCAGCUUUAAGUUGCAAUGAAAACGAUGGUGACCACCUGGAUAGAGACCAGCAAUACCCCAGCAAUCAAAAAACAAAGCGUAUGAGGACAUCAUUCAAACACCACCAGUUGCGGACAAUGAAGUCAUACUUUGCUAUUAACCACAAUCCUGAUGCCAAGGACUUGAAACAGCUAGCUCAGAAAACCGGCCUGACCAAAAGAGUUCUUCAGGUUUGGUUUCAAAAUGCCCGAGCCAAAUUCAGACGGAACCUCUUACGUCAAGAAAACACAGGGGUGGAUAAGACUUCAGAUUCAACACUCCAAGCAGGGACCCCAUCAGGUCCUGCCUCAGAAAUAUCCAAUGCCUCCAUGAGUCCAUCCAGCACUCCCACUACCUUAACGGACUUGACUAAUCCUACUAUGCCUACUGUGACAUCUGUCUUGACGUCAGUGCCCGGAAGUCUUGAGGUUCAUGAAUCUCGAAGUCCUUCACAGACAACUCUUACAAAUCUUUUCUGAUGACUCUUUCUCAAUAAUUUCUUUAAAAAAGAAAUUAUUCUUAGUUGAAAUUCCAAGUGUAUUUUAAUAGAGGCUUUGAGCAACUGACUAACCAUGAUUAGGAUCUCUCCUAAAAACAGAAGGAAAUGUAGUGUUCUGGUAUUAUGGAGUAUGGACUGAAGAAUAACUUGGAAGAUCUAUUGCAACACAACAUUUGUGUAACUGUACAGUUUUGUGGACUGAGCAAGGGAAACAGCAAUUAAUUUAAGUUGGCUAAAGCUUCUGUAUUUUCAAAGACUGCCAUGUGCCUUAUAUACUGUUUUAUCUACAUACUUUGGAUUCCAUGUCCACUUCUCUCUUUUUCUCUCUGUAUAUUUAUGACCAGGGCAAAAUGUUAAAGAGUUUGUUACUUUGAAUAGUCCUAAGCCUUUCAUUGGUUGCUUUGUUGUUUUAGAAUUUUAAGGUCGAAGUCUGUUCGAAUACCAGAAUUUGUAAAAUCUAACCAGUAAUAAAACCACUUAUGGAAACUACUUGGUAAUGGCUGCAGUUACAUUUAACAUUAAUUUCGCAAUCAAGAUAGGCUGAUUGUAUUUAAAUGGAUUAGAAAAUUGCAGUUCAAACACAGUAUCUGCCUAAGAUGAACUCUAAAUGUGUUGUAUACAUGCCUCCUGUUCCUGAAGUAUAUAUGGGUGAGAAAUCCAGCUUGUGCAACAGUCUAGGUAUUUUCAUUAUAGAGAAAUAAAUGUUAGUUGCAGGUAGAAAUGAUCAUAUGAUAUUAAAAUUCAGAGAGACAAAUUGUACUUAGCUUUGUUGCUGAAAUGAAACUUGACUUCAGCUAGCAUUUAUGAAAACAGUCUUGCUUUUGUGCAAGAGAUGGCUUGUCCCAUUUUGUGGGGAAGGCAAGCGAGGCAUCCAAGAGCUGUGUGGCUACAAUUAAUCUAUUACAGAGGUGGACAUUGGGUAAUGUUUUCCCUAGGAAAGAAAAUGAAGUAUUUCAGGUUGAUUUACAACAUUGGUGGGCAAAGAUGAGACAAAAUUAUGGCCUUACAUUUUUUGUAAUGCUUUGAAGGAAUAAAAAGCUAGGGAAGAAUAUGAUAUUACUGAUACUAACAAAGUAGUUAUUCCUUUAACUAUUAUGGACCUUUCAAUUUAAUUGAAUUCCUUCUCCAGAUAAAUAUUUGUGCAGAAUGUCACUCAUGCUUAGAGCUUUUUCCUAUCAUUUUUAAAGAUACUUUUCUGUAAUUAAAGAAAUAAUGAGUAUACCUCAGCAAAGUUUAAAUACUUAGAAGAAUGAGUGCACACUAUGCUGUUUGCCCUGUAGUUUUAUAGAUUUUGAGUGAUACAUAACAUGAGUAUGGUUGUUCCUUUUCAAACCUGUUACAAUCAGAUUUUUCCAUUAAAAAUGUUAGGUUGUAUGUGGCUAGCUCUCUAAAACUAAUCCAUCAUUCCCAUUGGAUCAAAAUUGCUAAAAGAUUAUUCUAAAUAAACAGCAAGAUAGGUGCCAAGUUUCAUGUUCUUUGCCCUUCUCCGUGUAUUGAAGAUGAUUUAUUAGGCCAGACUCUGUGGUAACAAUGUUUUGGUUUAAAAAUGCUAUAUUUAUUCAGCUUUCUCAGCUGAAAAUUUGCCAUUCUUGUGCAUGCCAAAUUCCUAUUGAGAUCAGUGAGGGAUCUCAGUGUAUGAGGACUGUGGGAUAGAAAUGCUGACAUAGUUAGGUCAUUUAUUAACCUUUUUCACACUUCAGCUUUAAAAAAGUACAGGUGAACUAUCUGAAAAGCAAGGUAGUCCUUAAAAAACUCCUAAGUAGCUAAGAUCUGUGAAAGGAAUUGUGUUCUCUGAAACACACAGGCUAGCAUAGUCUUUUAAGUUUAUGCACUAUGAUGACACAUCUAAAAAAAUCAUUCAGGUUGAAUUAAUAACCUUUACUAGUUUGUCCAAGACAUCUUUUCCUCAUAAUAUUAAUGUCUAAUAAGGAAAUUGUACUGGUUAGUGGACUGUAAAAGAGUACAUAUCUGCCUUUUAAAGAUGUUCAGACACAGAUACUCUGCUGUAUGUAAUGUUUUGUUCAUUGUCAAUUACCUUGGAGAUUUUAUUUUUAUGACAUGCUUAGCUGGAUCUUUUCUUGAUUUAAAAGGCAAUGUUGGUCCAAUGUUAAAUGGCUACAGUCCAUAAUUAAAAACCCUGUGUAUUAACUUGUAACCAGAUAGAUUUAAAAAACUGAAUCUUGAAUUCGUAAGUGUUAUGGCAAAUGUAGCUGAUAACAAUUCAAAUGGUUCUUUAAAAUUGCAGUGCUAUUAUUUGUGAUCUUGUAUUUUAACUACCUGAGUCCACACGGAUGGAAAUACCUUUCAAAUCGAUUCUCAAUAUUGCCUUUUCAAAUAACUGAAAUUUAUGGAGGAGAAUACUCUAGUGUUAAUAUUAUCUAAAACCUAUAAAAGACAAUUAGAUAAAUUGUCUGGUUUAAUCAAAUCAGGGAUUUUGCAUAUAAAUAAGAGACAAUAUUCUAUGUAGGGCCUUUAUGUAGGUGCAUUAGGAUUCACUCACUGGCUCCGAUGACCUAUGUUGUCCCCAUGAUUGUUUCAAUCCUGUGGUAUUGUUUGGUUGUUUAGAGCUUGUUGGUUUUGAAUGCUGUACAUUUUUUUACUACUGCAAUCCUAAUGUUUCUUCACAUACUUGUACAGUUCCACAUUUGAUGUAUUAGUCUGAAAUUCUGUUAAAAACAUGAACAAAAAUGGAAAUGAUAUUUCUUUGGAAGUGUAUUUUUAAUGUAUAUCUAAUUUGAACUAGUUGAACAUACUUCUUUACAUUUUGCAUGA